AAUAAUCUGGACUCUUAGAGUAGGAAUUAGAACUAUAGGACUUGAACACAAGAGAAGUUGCCUCAUCAAGAUCUGCUCACUUGGUUUCUCUAGAGCUCCCUCCAGAUCGGACUCAACUGUUCAUCAUGACAGAUGUUCCGGCAACAUUUAGUCAGGUUGAGUGUAACGGGGAUAAACCACCUGAAAAUGGUCAACAGCCAAUCACUAAAAUCAAUGAGGAAUUGACUGAUGGGAAGGGCAUACCACCACAAUACAGGGUGGAAUCCAGUCUUGAAGAUUUACCUACAGAAGGAAAUCAGAAGGAAGGAGGAAAAUUACAAGGGCACAUGCUGCUCAACUGGUCCAGGGAUGAGAAGAGUCUAAAAGAAAAUACAGAAGAGAAGCUCUUUAUUGUUCAUAAGGCUGUCACAGAUCUUUCUCUCCAAGAAACAAGUGCUGAUGAAAUGGCAUCCAGAGAAGGGCGUCAGUGGGAGAAGAUUCCUCUGAGCAGUAGCAACCAGGAGACAAGUAGACAGAGGGAAAGGAUUGGCAAACAACCCGUAGAAGAGAGAGAAGACGCAGGUAGGAAGAAUGAAGCUUACCGGGCAGCUGAAAUUGAAUGGUUGGGAUUUCGGAAACCUGGCCAAGUUGGCAUGUUGCAUUCUAAACAUGAUGAGGAGCAGGAGGUUAGGGAUAAAGAAAUGGAUAAUGACGACGACGACGACGAUGAAGAAGAUGAAGUUCGAGUGACAGAAUUUAAGAAAAUACAUGAAGAGGGUUCUCCAUUUCAAGAGGAAGAAGAGGCAAGUGAGGACUCCCCCCUGAGCAGCGCCAGUCCCCAGCUGACACCUGAUGAGCAGCCAAGCCUAGGGAAGAAGAGUGAUAUCUCCAGGAAUGCUUAUGCACGAUACAAUACAAUUUCCUACCGGAAAAUCCGGAAGGGGAACACCAAGCAAAGAAUUGAUGAAUUUGAGUCCAUGAUGCAUUUAUAA